AUCAGUCGAUUGUAUCGAUAGUAGGAAAUAACGCAUUGGAUUUAAGCACGUCAGACUUUAUAUUGGUGUGUGUUUUAGCACUUUUAAUGACCCGAUUGAGUCUGACUAUGUAGUGGCGGUGGUAGUAUGGGUGGUAGUCAGGCUGGAGGUCGGAACUGACGCGACGGAGCGUUGUACGGACUUAAAGUGCUACACACACAGUGUUACUCACUUAUGGAAGACUGGCAGCACGAAUUUGUAACUUUGGAUGUGAAAGUGAACAGCCAGCAGUCCUGCAGGGACAACUGCAAAUAGGCGAAGUGGUUUGCACCAGUUCACGGAAGAAGCAAUACCAACUCAGACUGACUGCCAUUUGGAUUCAUUAAUGAUCAACUUCCACAAACAACAGUUCCUCUGUCGAAAGCCCUGAAGAUUAUAUAAGAGGAGAAACCCUAACCCUGCAGACAGACGGUCAGCCAGUGAAUCUGAGCCAAAAACCAGAGGAAACAGCAGAAAUGUCCGCAUGUGAGUUUGAGUCGCUGGAAAAAUCUCUGGAGUCACACCUUCCAGAGGCCGAGCUGGCGGAGGUGAAGCGCAUCUUAUUUGGAAAGGAAACAAAAAAGUUGGACCUACCGGACUGUGCUGUGGAAGCUGCCUGUGAACGGGACUUUGAGCUGAAAGGUUACAAGUUUGAUGCUUUACAGGAGCAAAUUAGACCACCCAGAAGGAUCCGGGUUGGACUCAUUCAGAAUCGUAUUGUUCUUCCAACUGAUGCUCCCAUCCUGGACCAGAUCAGUGCCAUACAUAGCCGAAUUGGUGAAAUGGUUGAGGUAGCAGCCAUGUGUGGUGUCAACAUCAUCUGUUUUCAGGAGACCUGGACCAUGCCCUUCGCUUUCUGCACUCGCGAGAAAGAACCAUGGACAGAGUUCGCAGAGUCUGCUGAAGAAGGAAUCACCACACGAUUCUGCCAAGAGCUGGCCAGAAAAUACAACAUGGUAGUCGUUUCCCCAAUUCUGGAAAGAGAGGAGCUGCACAACACUCUGUGGAACACAGCGGUGGUGAUCUCCAACUCUGGAAAUGUGUUGGGAAAGAGCAGGAAGAACCACAUUCCUAGAGUCGGGGACUUUAACGAGUCAACAUAUUAUAUGGAGGGUGACUGUGGCCACACAGUGUUCCAGACACAGUUUGGGAAGAUUGCUGUGAACAUCUGCUACGGGCGCCAUCAUCCACUCAACUGGUUCAUGUACAGUAUGAACGGAGCUGAGAUCAUCUUCAACCCUUCGGCUACUGUUGGAGCUCUCAGUGAGCCCAUGUGGCCCAUAGAGGCCAGGAAUGCAGCUAUAGCUAACCACUGUUUUACUUGUGCCAUCAACCGUGUUGGGACGGAGCAUUUCAAAAGUGAAUUCACAUCCGGUGAUGGAAAAAAAGCUCACCACGACUUUGGACAUUUCUAUGGGUCCAGUUAUGUGGCUGCUCCUGACGGCAGCCGCACCCCGGGUCUCUCCAGGACCCGUGACGGUCUGUUGGUGGUAGAACUGGAUCUCAACCUGAACAGGCAAAUCAGCGACAAAUGGAGUUUCAAGAUGACCGGGCGGUAUGCUGAGUAUGCACAGGAGCUCACCCAGGCUGUGAGGCAUGACUUCAAACCCAAAAUAGUGAAGGAGUAAAACUCAUUCCAGAUAUACAGUUUACCGUGUUAUGGUCCAUUUAAGCAUAAAACACAUAAAUGUACUUAUUUUGUGUUUCGAUUCUGUCUGCACUUAAUUUUAUAAAACUAAAUUCAUACCCUUUCUUCA